AUUCAUAAACUUCCUGAAUUUGAGGAGGUCUUUCAUUUCCCGCAUUUUGAUUUAUCACCAGCUGUUCUCAACGAUGUUAUAACAAGACAAAAUAUGAGGGCUUCUGGACAGACUGCACGUUCUAGUGUUGGUGACAUCAUGAUUUACAAAGCCUUUCGAUAUAUACCUGGCACCGACAUAUCAGAUCCUUUCUUAAAGUCACAAUCCCAAGGCGAGUUUACCAAUCGUCUAGCUAUACGAUUUUCGCGUGUUCCUCAGGAGUACAUAUUGCGUGAAACUAUAUACAGUGAUAUCCACGAUAAACCCGUAUCUAGAAGGUCAACUCUUCAAGAAUCGAAUAUUGACGAAGUUGAUCAAACAAGUCACGAUAUAGAAAAGCGGAGACCUAUCCUUAAACAAAUAAAUCGACGACUGAUACCCUUCACAAAUAUUUCGGGUUACUCUGGUGUUUUUGUAACAGGUGCGAAACCUGUUUGGUUGAUUUGUGCGCAUAACAAUUAUCUGAGGUUACAUCCGAUGAACGCGGAGGGUGAAAUACGAAGUUUUACACAAUUUCAUAAUGUACAUUGUAGGCACGGCUUUUUGUAUACUAAUACCCAGGACGUUUGUCGAUUGUCAGAGCUACCGACUGAUUUUCAAUAUGAUAUGGAAUGGACUGUGAAAAAAAUUCAAUUAAAUCGAUCCGUUUAUGGGAUCGAGUAUCAUCCGGAAAUGCAGGUUUACGCAUUGUUAACGUCGGUACCAGUUGAAUUUCUACUGAGAGAUGAAAAUGGUGAACCUUUAGAACUUGAACGAGAUAGUUCUCAGUUUUUACCUGAAACCCAAAGAUUUACUCUUGAAUUGAUAUCUCCUGUCACUUGGGAAACUGUAGACAGGCACGACUUCCAUGAUGAUGAACAAGGCCUAUGUAUAAAAUGCGUGAGUCUUCAAACAAAAUCUACUACUAGUGGUCGAAAAUCAUUUAUUGCCAUCGGUACCGGAAUUUUCCGCGGAGAAGACAUUGGCAUGCGAGGAAAUGUUUACGUAUUUGAAAUAAUUGAGGUCGUGCCAGAACCUGAUAAUCCACAAACAAAUCACAAAUUUAAAUUACUAUGUCAUGAAGAAGUGAAAGGUUCUGUUACUGCAAUUUGUGAUGUCAAUGGAUACUUGUUAACGUGUGUCGGACCAAAGAUUUUUAUUCGUGCAUUUGAAGACAAUGAUCGUCUUAUUAGCGUUGCGUUCAUAGAUAUACAAAUUUAUGCUAGUAGUGUAGUAUCGAUUAAAGAUUAUAUACUUUUAGGAGACGUCUACAAGGGUGAGGAACCGGCGAAACUAGUAUUGGUUGGUAAAGACUAUCAUUCUAUGGAAGUUGGUUGCACUGAUUUCAUAAUCGAUGAGCCUGUAUUAUAUUUCGCUGUGGCAGAUAUGGAUAAGAAUAUACAUUUGUUUCAGUAUGCACCUUAUAAUGUACAAUCAUUUGCUGGUCAGAAACUCAUUC